UUUUCAAAUUUUCAUGCUUACUAAUCCAUUAAUAAAUUUGUUUAUUUCAGUUCUUUACCUCUUAAUUCUUGUCAAAAUGCGUCCAUUACGUCGUUCAUCCCGCACCAAAGUUUUUGCCGUUAAAUUUUCCCCACAUACAACUCCAUCAAAAAUUAAAAGAUCUACAAGUCUUAGUACUUUUACAAUUCCAUUUAAACAAAAAGAAAGAAGUUUAGCAACUAAAAAAGAACUGGAAAGUGCUGAAGUUGUAAAAGAGAAGGAGGAUAAGGAGGAUGAAAUAUCGCAGGCCAAAGACCAGUCAUUCAAACAAAAAGAGGCCAACCACGGACGCAUUAGUGUUGCAAUUAAAAAUAUUGCCCCUGCAUCUACUUCCAUUAUUCAACUUUCUGAAUCAUUUAGAGUUGCGGGACUCAAUUGGUGGGGAUAUUUUAUACGCUCCCUUUAA